ACUGGAAGUUUAUAUCCUUAUUAAAAGCCAGAGUCAAAUGAAAUCACUUCCCGUGUAAAUUUAGCAAUAUUAGGCUAAAAGUAGUCAUCAUUCUUAAGAUCACAACUCAUCAGUGAAAAUGUACGGCAAGACACAGGAGCAAAACAUGGAAUUUGAGGCCUUUUAUGAAAGUGAUGAAGACACUACUGGACCUCGAACACUGAGUUACAUCCAGGCUAAAGGAAAAGCUAUACAGUGCAGAGGAAGUAGAUGUUUGGUGUUGAUCGCAGUGGGUCUCGGGCUCAUUUGUGUUCUUCUGCUGGUCUUCAUCAUACUGCAGAACAUCACCAUCACAGCAGAGAGAGACCUGAUAAACAGUCACAAGAACACAGUUGAAGAGUUCAAUCAAACCAUCAACAGCUUACAAGACAAUUACACUGAUCUAAUGACUGAAAAACACCAACUGCAGAACAACAAGCUGGAGCUGGAGACCAGAGUCAAUGAUCUCACUGCUGAGAAAAGCCAGUUACAGAGAGAUUUUGACUCUCUGGGUCAGAGGAAUCUGGAUUUUGAACGCAAAGUCACGACUCUGAGUGAUGAACUGAAGAAGAAUGUUUCUAAAGGAGGAAAUCAGUGUAGUCUAGAUGGCUUGUUCGUUUCCAAAAAGGCGAUGAGCUGGUCUGACAGCAGGAAGUACUGCAGGGAUCGUGGUGGUGAUUUGGUCAUUAUCAACACUGAAGAGAAGCAGAGGCUCAUGUCGUCACUAGUCAGACUCAGUGAGAGAGCGUGGAUUGGUUUGUCUGACAGAGAGAACGAGGGCAAUUUGACAUGGGUGGAUAAUUCAACACUGAAACAAGGGUUUUGGUUUGAAGGUGAGCCGAAUGACGAACAUGGAAAUGAGGACUGUGUUGAAAUUAUGGUUUUUUCUUCCACCCUGAACAACUGGAAUGAUCUCCCAUGUUCAGAGAAGAGAAAAGGGAUUUGUGAGAAAUAAGAUUCAUCUCGUCUUGUUUUGUUUUGCUUAUAUUAUCUCAUGGAAUUAUUCUUAUUGUGAUUGCAAAAUUUCUGCAAAAUGUACAACAUUUCCAGCUGAUGAUCACUAUUCUCUUAGCUAUAAUAAACAAAUAAAAUAUCCUGUUUCUUAUUAUGUGAAUUAUGGUUAUGGAACACUAAACCUCUGAUUUGUUCAUGUUUUGCUCCAUCACAAGCAGCUCUAUAUUAAUAUGAUCUUAUUCUACUGUUAUCAUGAGUCUCGUUUGUCCGACUGAAGUGUUGAGGUGACAGUCCCAGUAAACUACAGUGUUCAGAUUGCUGUAACUUACCAUAUUAUUCUGAUAUUGAGUGUUCAUAAAACUGCUUUUGAGUUAAUUUGCUUUCUCUUUGAAUAAAAUUGUAAACU